AUGCCAAAGGAGAAUAAAGGCAAGUCUGUCAUGCGAGGCACAGACACUGCAGACUUCUCGUCCCGCGCCAGCGGUAAGCCAUAUCAAAAGCGAUCCGCUCCUUCCACCUCCAAGGACGGUGCCCCCUCCUCCUCUACAACCAAACCCAGACCACAGCAACCCAACAAGAAGCAACGCUUCGAGAAGCCUCAAUCUUCGGGUCCGUCUUCAGGUCUCCCAGGCGCAUCCAAAAUCAAAGCGUCAAUCCGACAGACAAAGCGCUUGCUCGCCAAACCCAACCUGGCCCCCGGCACCAAGAUCGAAGCAGAGCGUCGGCUCAAGGCUCUCGAAGCGGAUCUGGAGGUAGCAUCCCGCAAGCAGGUUGAGAAAUCCCGUGCUGUGCGCUAUCAUCGCGUCAAAUUCGUUGAGAGGCAGAAACUUGUUCGUCGUAUCGCGCGAUGCAAACGCAACCUCGCACGGCUCGAAAGCGGAAAGACAGCCGAGGACUCAGCCUCAGACGGCGCCGCUAGCGAUGAUGACGAUGGUGAUGAAGGAUAUGCCAAGCAGCGGGCCAAGGAGUCGAAGAUGUCUAAAGAUGAGAUCAAUAAGCUCCUCUCGUGGUUGAGAGAGUUGUUGCAGUAUGUGGUGCAGUAUCCAGCUGACCUGCGGUACGUAGCUCUGUUCCCCAAUGCAGAAGAGGGUCCGAGCCCACCCAACGCAAACGAGAAGGACAAAAGCAGGCAGAUGGCGUUCCAGCAUCUCGAAAGGAUCAGGAAGGCCAUCAAGGUUGGUGAAAUCAGCGACGAGCCAGAGGUCGAGUUGAAUAGCAAGGAUCGUACGCUGAAGAAGCUGGCCAACAGCAGUAGCAGCAGUAGCAGCAGUAACGGUGCACGCAAGAAAAGUACGGAGUCGAGCGGCCAGCAAAAGUCAAGUAGAAAAGCGGACAAGACACAACAGCACGUGCACCAAGCAACAGACAGCGACGAUGACGAUGAUGCCGGCGCUCCAGCAGGUGUCAAGGACGACGACUUUUUCGCACAAGAUUCCGACGACGAAGAGUAA